GACGCGUUCUCAUCAGUGGGCCUCAUAGAAAAGAAUAAACUAUAUAUACGCCCCAGCCGUUAUCUGUUCCUCAUUCUUACCAUCCCGAUUUCGGAGAGCGAUUUCAGCUGCGAAUUCCAACAGUGAAGCAAACUUUGUUUUUCUGAAACAAUGGGAGGCGGAAAGGACAAGCACGACGAAUCUGACAAAGGGCUGUUCAGCCAGCUAGGGCUUGGCGGUUCCCAUGGAUAUCCUCCUGGCCAGUACCCUCCACCUGGUGCAUACCCUCCUCAAGGUUAUCCUCCUCAAGGAUACCCUCCUCAAGGAGGUUAUCCACCGCAAGGAUAUCCUCAGCAAGGUUAUCCUCCGCAAGAAUAUCCUCCGCAAGGUUAUCCUCAGCAAGGUUAUCCGCCCUCAGGAUAUCCCCCACAAGGAUAUCCCCCCGCAGGCCAUUCUGGCCCGUCCGCUGCGCACCAUUCAGGGCACGGAGGUAUGGGGGCUCUUUUAGCUGGAGGAGCUGCUGCUGCUGCAGCUGCUUACGGUGCCCACCAGUUGUCUCAUGGUGCUCAUCACAUGUCGCAUGGCGCCCCCUACGGCGGGUAUGGCCAUGGCCUCGGCCACGGGAAGUUCAAGCAAGGGAAAUUCGGCAAGCACGGGAAGCAUGGGAAGUUUGGGAAGCAUGGCAAGCAUGGCAUGUUUGGAGGGAAGUUCAAGAAGUGGAAGUGAUUAACCGUGUGAUGAAAGUUGAAGCGAAUAUAUGCCUCAAACUUUUAUGCAUAACCGAUGACUAGACUAUGGUCUCUUUGAAUAAACCUUGCUUUUCAAACAUGGAUGCUGAUCUCUACAUUGGAUAUGUCGACGUUUUUUAUUUCCUUCUCGUACUUUACCUGUACAUGUACCAUCCUUUUCUAACAAAAGCUGGUUGCCCGGCGGGGAGCGCCCAGUUCUUCCCGAAUGAAGCCGCUUUUCCCUUUGUUUUA